AUGGCUGUGGAUGGGUGUGGCGGUGUUCUGGAGCUCCUUUCUACAGUCAGAUCCUCAGAAAAAUUGAAACGUGUUAACACAACCAUUCAUCUGGAGUUCCUCGGCCUGCAGCAACUUGAAGCAAGGCUUCGGUCCCUGGCCAGAGAUCGAGGUGCAGUCCAGAAGCAUACCUGGACUAAAGCUUCUUUUUCCUUCUGCAGCUCUGGCUUUUCUGGACUCUGUGCUUCACCAAUAGAGGAACCCUAUGGAGCACUAAUUAGUUCCUGGGAUUCUAGAACCAUGACUGACGGCUUGGUGACAUUCAGGGAUGUGGCCAUUGACUUCUCUCAGGAGGAGUGGGAAUUCCUGGACCCUGCUCAGAGGGACUUGUAUGUGGAUGUGAUGUUGGAGAACUACAGCAACUUGGUCUCACUGGAUUUGGAGUCUACAUAUGAGACAAAAAAUACAUUUUCAAAAAAGGACAUUUUUGAAAUAAAUUUUUCCCAGUGGAAGAUAAAGGAAAGAGAUAAAACCAUUAAGCUUGAGGCAUCCAUUUUCAAAAAUAACUGGAAGUGUAAGAGCAGAUUCAAGGGGCUCCAGGGACACCAAGAGAGAUUCUUCAGUCAAGUGAUAAUCAGCUAUGAAAAAAUGCCCACUUACAAAAAGCAUGAAUCUCUUAUUGCACAGCAAAGAACUCCUAAUCGAGAAAAACCCUACAUUUGUAAGGAAUGUGGGAAGGCUUACAGUCAUGGCUCAAAACUUGUUCAACAUGAGAGAAUUCAUAUGGCUAAAAAACAUUUUGAAUGUAAAGAAUGUGGGAGGGACUUUUUAAGUGCCUAUCAACUCACUGUGCAUCAGAGAUUUCAUACUGGUGAGAAACCUUAUGAAUGUAAGGAAUGUGGGAAGACCUUUAGUUGGGGAUCAAGCCUUGUUAAACAUGAGAGAAUUCAUACUGGUGAGAAACCCUAUGAAUGUAAAGAAUGUGGGAAGGCCUUUAGUCGUGGCUAUCACCUUACUCAACAUCAGAAAAUUCAUAUUGGUAUAUUUCAUACUGGCAAGAAACCCUACGAAUGUAAGGAAUGUGGGAAGACCUUUAAUUGUGGCUCGAGUCUGGUUCAACAUGAGAGAAUCCAUACUGGUGAGAAACCCUAUGAAUGUAAAGCAUGUGGAAAGGCCUUUAGUCGUGGCUAUCACCUUACUCAACAUCAGAAAAUCCAUACUGGUGAGAAACCUUUUGAAUGUAAGGAAUGUGGGAAGGCCUUCAGUUGGGGUUCAAGCCUUGUUAAACACGAGAGAGUUCAUUCUGGUGAGAAAUCUUAUGAAUGUAAAGAAUGUGGAAAAACCUUUGGUAGUGGCUAUCAACUUACUCGACAUCAGAUAUUUCAUACUGGUGAGAAAACCUAUAAAUGUAAGGCAUGUGGGAAGGCCUUUAAUUGUGGCUCGAGUCUGGUUCAACAUGAGAGAAUCCAUACUGGUGAGAAACCCUAUGAAUGUAAAGAAUGUGGAAAGACCUUUAGUCGUGGCUAUCACCUUACUCAACAUCAGAAAAUCCAUACGGGUGAGAAACCUUUUAAAUGUAAGGAAUGUGGGAAGGCCUUUAGUUGGGGUUCAAGCCUUGUUAAACAUGAGAGAGUUCAUACUGGAGAGAAGCCCUAUAAAUGUGAGAAGUGUGGGAAAGGCUUCGGCUGGGCCUCAAGUCUUCUGGACCAUCAGAGAGGCCAUAGUGGUGAGAAACCCUAUCAAUGCGAUGCAUGCGGAAAGGGCUUUAGUCAUUGCAGGCCUUCUGAGAAUUCGGGGGGAUGCCCACUUGGCUUUCUGGGCAGUGUAGUCAACAAGUUCGGUAGGCUCUCGGAGUCUUCCGCGCAGGCGCGACCCGGAGAAGGGAAUUCUGGGAAGUGUGUCUCUAGAGCAGCCUCUGGAUGGAACUUCCUCUCUGGGCGGAACUUAUGCUUUGGGCGGUCCUGUUAUCCCCCUCUCCUACCUGACAGCGGGGUGAGUGGUUUCCGCUUUAUGUGA